CUCAGUCGUUAAGAUAUACAACAGGAAACAGAUUGUACCUCGUGACGUUACAUACAGAACCAGUAUCCGGCUGUCUAUUCAAACUGUGUCGGGUGAUAUUAAUCGGGGAGUGAAUUUGCUUCAGUAAACACAAGAAACACGACAGGUCACACACUGAGGAUGUCCAAGGUAAAACUGUACUGUGCCUGGUUCUGUCCCUUUGCGCAGAGAGCGUGGAUAGCUUUUCUGGAGAAGGGACUGCCUUUUGAGUACGUGGAGAACAACCCGUAUGAGAAGACUCCAGAGCUGAUAGCGGUAAAUCCUAACGGUCUAGUACCGGUAAUUGUACUGGAGGGCGGUCGCUCUGUGUUCGAGUCCAGCGUUUGUAUAGAGUACGUGGACGAACUCGACCAGGAAGGAAAACAGAUCCUACCACGUGACCCGUACGAAAGGGCACAGGUCAGGAUGUGGAGCGAAUUCAUUAACAAAAAAAUAAUUCCACCAUUUUACCAGAUGUUGGCUGCCCAAGAAAAGGAAAAACAAGAAAAGAUUAAGCUGGCCCUUUUGGAACAUUUAGCAACAUUUUCUGCCACCAUUGACGAUAGCGGUCCGUUUUUCAGUGGUAAAUCGUUUGGUAUGGUGGACAUGAUGCUGUGUCCAUUUAGUCUCCGCUUCGGUCCCGUGUUGAAGCAUUUCCGCGACUUUGAAGUUCCAAACACCGAUCGGUACCGGAAAUUCCAUAAGUGGAUGGAUGCCUGCCAUACACAUCCAAGUGUCGUGCCCACCAUUGCUGAUGACCGCAAGAUCACGGCAGUAUACAGAUACUACGCCGAAAACAUGCCCAUGAGUGAUACAGCAGACGCCGUCAAAAGGAUCAGCGGACUUUAGUGCUACAUUUACCACUGAUUGAUAUGUUGAGAAGCUCACUACAUUUACAGAUUUAAGUUAAAUCUCCUAUCAAACAACGCCUGGUGACAUAUACAUGUAGCAAGAACAAACAUACACGUUAAGACGAUGUGAUUUGCUUUGAUUGAUUAUUGAACAUGCCUGAAUUAGGUGCUUUGUUUAUUAAAUAUAUUUUAGAAAUAAAAAAGAGUACUAGCAA